CGUGUGCUGGACUGUUAGGUGAUGCAUCAUUUUACAGUUCUCGGGCUCAGCUAGUUGGUGCUUACUUGAGGAGCCUCAGCAGAUUUUUCAAGCAAAUCCUAACUAUGCGGAGAGCCAAGACUUUCGAACGUAAUACAGCAGAAAUGCGUCAAUAGCACUUCAAUGCUGGAAAUGAGAUGAGAACAAUCAUGCAGAUGAUUCCGCUGUGGUUAUAAAGCAUCCAUCAAACCUGGUAUCUAUCGCUAGACUCAGCAGUAACAUGCCACUGCAGCAGAUCUCAGUCGUCCCAGCAAGGGAAACCUCUAGUAAUGGAAGAAGCUCAACAGGCAGAAACAAAGAGAAGAACAAGGACAUGGAGAAUGACAAGUCUCCCAGACGCUCAACAAGUCGAUCAAGUAACAUAUCAAAGGCAAGUAGUCCUACAACUGCAACAGCUCCCUGGAGCCAGUCACGCACAUCUGUCAGUCCUUCUACCCAGGACAUUUGCAGGAUCUGCCACUGUGAAGGAGAUGAGGACAGUCCACUCAUCACCCCUUGUCGCUGUACAGGAACACUCCGUUUUGUCCACCAGGCCUGCCUGCACCAGUGGAUCAAGAGCUCUGACACGCGCUGCUGUGAACUCUGUAAAUACGAUUUCAUAAUGGAGACAAAACUCAAACCUCUGCGUAAGUGGGAAAAACUGCAGAUGUCAACAAGUGAGAGGAGAAAGAUUGUCUGCUCUGUCACUUUCCACAUCGUUGCCAUCACGUGUGUCGUGUGGUCCUUGUACGUUCUGAUAGAUCGGACCGCAGAGGAGAUCAAACAGGGUAAUGACAAUGGUGUUCUAGAAUGGCCGUUUUGGACAAAAUUGGUGGUAGUGGCCAUUGGAUUUACAGGAGGCCUUGUCUUCAUGUAUGUACAGUGCAAAGUCUACUUUCAGCUAUGGCGGAGACUAAAAGCAUACAACAGGGUUAUCUUUGUACAGAACUGCCCAGACACUGGCAAGAAGACUGAUGACAGGAACACUUCAAAUAGUCAGAACUCUGACAACAAAGACAAUGUUACUGUGCCAGUGUCACAGACAGAAACGACCUUACAGAGAGCACCAGAGGUGCAGGUCGGAUUUCCUGAAGUUGCACCUGUGUGAUCCGUGUUUCUGAAGUUCAUUUGAAGAAUUGCACAUGUUUUUGGAAAUCAGUUCCCUUAAGCAGUAUCAGGACUAACAAGUGAGCAGUUCCUGUCAGAAGGCUGCCGGAAGUACAGAUCAACAGACAUGAUCAACAGAAAACCAACAUGUCAGUCUUUGGAAGUGAACUAAGUAGUGGUGUGUUCAUUGGUGUUGGACAUGAUACACGUGGCAUUCAAAGAAUAUGUGCAAUGUCCUAAUUAGGGUUUUGUAGAGAAGCACUUUUAACUUUAUGGCUUUAAAGGUAAAACAUUUUGGUAUUGUUAGGCUCUGUUUUGAAAUGUUAAUCUUCAAGAAACAGUCUUUCAACAUGUUACAGUGUUGACUUAACCAUCUAUAUAUUUAACCUAAACAGAGCAAAUUUUCCAAUGAAAUGUGUUGCACAGAAUACUUUACUGAGCUGAUGAAGAAGAGUAAGACUGGUAUCCCUUAUGCAUUUUAACACACCAAUAUCACCAUGACUUACUCAGCUUUGAACCCUUUAAGAACCACCCAUCUUAAAAUUAUUAUUAAUAAAAUUAGAUCAUUGUAAUAUUUUAACUUUUAUCCAAACAAAUAUUAAAUGUUGGUAAUAGUCUAACAAUGUGCUGAUUAUGGGGUCUGAGUCCAAACCAGGAAAACAAUUAAAAUCCUCUCUUUAGAAAUAGGAAAUCCUCUAUUAGAAAAUACUAUAAGUUAACAAUUUUUGGUUUGCUAAGGUCACAAGAAGCUCAGGUGAACUAAAAAGCCUCAUCUUUGAUGCAAGAUGGAUGGACGUGGCUCUGUAUUUUAAAGGAAACCAGACAUUAAUUAUCAUAAUUCUUAUGUGUCACCAUGAUAAUCUAUCAAUGUUAGCAGUUGAAGAGCCAAGAAAUGUUGUCUCCAUUAAUCGGGGGUCAUUGCAAAAAAACAA